AUGUCAGGCGACACAGUAACCACAGACAUAGAGUCAAUGCCGGACCGCAUUGCAGAGACCUUCAGAGGAUUGAAUGUCCUCAUCACGGGUGGAACUGGUUUCAUGGGGAAAGUCCUCAUUGAGAAGCUGCUGAGAAAAUGUCCAGAUAUUGAUCGAAUCUAUCUGCUGGUCAGAUCGAAGAAAGGAAAAAAUCCACGCCAGAGACUCGAGGAGAUAUUUAACGGACCUCUCUUCGAAAAAGUCAGGACAAUGAGAGGUGGUGUAGAACCUCUCUUGGAGAAGGUGACCAUCGUGGCUGGAGACGUAGCAGAGCCUGACCUGGCCAUGAGCCCCGCUGACAGACAAAUGGUUGCUGAAAAAAUCCAUAUUAUUAUCCACGCCGCUGCCACCAUCAGGUUCGACGAAGAGCUCAAGAAAGCGGUUCUGCUGAACGUAAGAGGCACCAAGCUCAUGGUAGAACUAGGCAAAGAGUGCAAACAAUUAAAGCUGUUCAUCCACAUAUCGACGUCGUACUGCCACCUUCAAGAGAAGCUUUUAGAAGAGAAGGCAUACCCCCCACCGGCAGAUCCCCACCAUAUCAUUCAGGCUAUGGAAUGGAUGGAUACAGAAACCAUUAAAACUGUUACUCCUAAAUUACUCAAUAAACUACCGAAUUCGUAUGCAUUCACCAAGGCCCUUGGUGAAGCUUUAGUGGUGGAAGCCAUGGAGCACAUACCUGCCAUGGUACUGCGUCCUUCUAUUGUGAUCCCAAUCUGGCAGGAUCCUGUACCAGGAUGGACCGACAAUAUAAACGGACCCACAGGUUUACUUAUUGGUGCAGGAAAAGGAGUUCUCAGAACCAUGUACUGCAAGAGCAACAGCUAUGCUGACUACCUUCCCGUAGACGUCUUCAUCAGCGGCAUUAUGAUGGUCACCUGGAACUACCUGGCUAAUGGAGAUACGUCUUCAAAUAUAAUAAACUUCACAUCGUCAGCUGAGAUCAAGGUCACGUGGUCUGAGAUGAUAGAAGCCGGCAGACAGAUUAUCAUGAACAAAGUACCUCUCAACGGAGUUGCAUGGUACCCUGGUGGUUCUAUGAAACACUCCAGACUUCAGCACAAUAUCUGCAUGUUUUUGUUCCACUGGAUUCCAGCGUUCAUUGUCGACACUCUACUCUUCUGUCUUGGUUAUAAGCCUGUGCUUUGUCGGGUUCAGCGUCGUAUCAACAAAGGUUUUGAAGUCUUCGAAUAUUAUACCAACAACCAAUGGGACUUUAAGUCUGAUUUCGCUCAAACAGUCAGAACGAAGCUAAAUGCCAAAGAGAGAAAGGAAUAUAAAGUAGAUGCUGUGGGACUGGACAUCUCAAAAUACUUUGAAGACUGUAUCAGAGCAGCCCGAGUAUUCAUUUUAAAGGAGUAUGAUGAUACUUUGCCAGCAGCUAGGCGCCAUAUGAGAGUUAUGUAUUGGGUGGACGUGUUGACCCGCUGCUUGUUCUGGGGCCUACUACUCUACUGGCUGAGUGGCUUCGUCUCGUCACCAUUAAGUUCUACUGGGAUAGAAACCAGUGAAUCUCCCACUGUUAUUGCCAUGGACGCUUGA